GUAUUGUUGCGCUAAUUUAUCAGCUGCGAUUACGUGAACCGCAAAGGGAGCUAGUGGCUUUUUAACUAGUGAAAAAUAUCUUCCGCAAUUAGUAAAUAAUAUUAACAAGUGAAAAUGUUCACCCGCUCUCGUUUUCUUUUUCGACUGUCACGCCGUAGCUAUAACCAGGCAGCCCAAGAUAUGGCAGGAGUGAAGCCUCCUUCUGGUCCGGGUGGUAGUACAAGUGUCAAUACCAACGUGCCUGGCCUGAGCAGCAACAUUGUAAAGCCCACUUCUGAGCCCCUUGGUCCCGGGGCUUCUACCAGCGGCAAAUACAAAGUGCCUGAAUACUAUUCUUUCAACCGUUUUAGUUAUGCCGAAGCUGAAGUAGAAAUAGCCAAAUAUCGUCUACCUCAACCUUCAGCACACAAAAAGUAAUCGCGAGAACUUAAAGGAAACAAGAUGAGUGUGUAAAAGGUUUAUGGAAAUGUUACGAAAAUAAAAAUUCAGUUCUCUUAUUUAAAAUUAAA